AUGUCGUCGUCCGCCAACUACAAUAACUUUGAUCUUCUCGAGGAACUUAGGAAUAAUAAGCUACCUUUUAACGAUGUUCAAGAUCACUCCAUCACAUCAUGGGCAUGGCAGAACCAUCAUCACAAUCACUCGAUCCUUGGGUAUCCCGAGCUUUCCAAUAAUAAUAAUAACAACUUAAGUUUAAGUGCGCCAACGAUGCUUGGUCCUCCAGAUCAAGCGUCUCCAAAUCUAUGCACCAAUGACCUCGCUUAUGCUCAAAGACUUUUACAAAUCGGCAAUUAUUUGCCACCUGCCCUGGAAAUUCCUUCUGAUCCUUAUCAAGUAUUCCAUUCUUCACAAGCUGCUGGUUUCGUCACCACCGCGUCGGAGGUUUCUACGGGAUUCUUCAUGGACGGUUCUCCAACCACUUCACCAUCCAGCCCCAUGUACUCACCAUCAUCCACUGAAAGUCGACCAACAUCCUCUGGGGAGAUCAAUGCUUCUGCUGAUACUGCUUCCAGCGGAAACUCCUCCCGAAGAGGAAGCAUCGCCAGCAUUAUCAAAAACGACGCAGAGAUGUGGGAGUACGUCACUGAGAAGUGCAAGAAGAAAGGAUCCUACAAAUGCUCGCAUUGUCCCCAAUCAUUCCAUUCGUUAGAGUACUUGAUAUAUCAUAUUGAUCAAUACGAUUUGAGUCAUACGAGACCCCACAAGUGUGUGAUUGAAACAUGUAUCUGGAGGUAUAUUGGGCUUCCAAGAAGGGCAGAGCUCAGAAGACACAUGCAAGCAUUGCAUGGGAUCAAAUGGGAUACAGAUUUCAGGCUAUUGAAGAAUGAGCAAGGGAAUAACACUUACAAUGAUGGUGGUACGAAUCUUGCUUGCUCUGAAAAAUCUAAAGAGGUGCUUGCCGCCCUCGAUGGGAUGGUGGACCCGUUUAAUGAAGGAUCAUUUGCUGAAGAUAUUGAGUCAGAAGCCACCACCACUACAAAGCAGCGAAAUACCCCAAUGUAUCAUUGCACCGUCAUUAGACCAUAUUGUGAAAAAUCAUUUCCUAGAAAGGAUUCACUACAACGACAUAUCAGGUUAUGCCAUACCAAUCCAUCCAGUCGAUUCAACAAAAAAUUGGGUAAAAGCAGAAGAAUGUUUGGAUGA